CGCGAAGACGCGCCUCUGGCCCUGGGGAGGGAGCCGGCAUCUGCCGGGUCGCUCGGGCGCCCCUGAGUGGGCGGCGGCGGCAGCAGACGCCUCUCCCCGGAGUCCCGGACCUGCCCGCGCUGGAAAUUCCUCCGGGGCAGGCGCUCGCCCUGUCUUUUAUGGAGCUUGGGCCCCUGCCCCUGCCUGGUAGAGGCUGUGGAGGUCCGCGGUCCGGAAGUCCGGUUCCCAUCCCCGUGGCCCAUCCCCGGCUGCGGGGAGUGGGGGCUCCCACAAGGUAGCGGUGGACUGCAGCCCCCUCCCCGCAGUGAACCAUGGGCCAGAAGCUCUCGGGGAGCCUCAAGUCGGUGGAGGUGCGAGAGCCGGCUCUGCGGCCCGCCAAGCGGGAGCUCUGCUGGGUGCAGAGCCGGGGCGGCCGGCGCGGCUGGACCAGCUGCUGGACAUGCCGGCGGCGGGGCUGGCUGUGCAGCUGCGGCACGCGUGGAACCCCGAGGACCGCUCGCUCAAUGUCUUCGUCAAGGAUGACGACCGGCUCACCUUCCACCGGCACCCGGUGGCCCAGAGCACGGACGGCAUCCGCGGCAAGGUGGGCCAUGCCCGCGGCCUGCACGCCUGGCAGAUCACCUGGCCGGCUCGCCAGCGGGGCACCCACGCCGUAGUGGGGGUGGCCACGGCCCGGGCUCCCCUGCACUCCGUGGGCUACACAGCGUUGGUGGGCAGUGACGCCGAGUCCUGGGGCUGGGACCUGGGCCGCAGCCGCCUCUACCACGAUGGCAAGAACCGGCCGGGCGUGGCCUACCCGGCCUUCCUGGGGCCCGACGAGGCCUUUGCGCUGCCCGACUCGCUGCUAGUGGUGCUGGACAUGGACGAGGGCACCCUCAGCUUCGUCGUGGACGGCCAGUACCUGGGCGUGGCCUUCCAGGGCCUCAAGGGAAAGAAGCUGUACCCGGUGGUGAGUGCUGUGUGGGGCCACUGCGAAGUCACCAUGCGCUACAUCAAUGGCCUUGACCCUGAGCCCCUGCCACUGAUGGACCUGUGCCGGAGAUCCAUCCGCUUGGCCCUGGGCCGCCAGCGCCUGCAGGACAUCAGCUCCCUGCCCCUGCCUCAGUCUCUCAAGAACUAUCUGCAGUACCAGUGAGCCAGGCACUGACAGAGAGACCAGGCCUGGGCCUGCCUGUCAUUCACAGUCUGGGUCACGCAAUACAUUCAGGAAGAGGU